CGAGGGAUCUUCACCUCGCGCGGUCGUCGCGGGAUCGACGAUAGAUCUACGUCACGUGUCACGUGUCGCGCUCGGAAUGACACAUGUACGCAACCGUGCAGUCGAGUAAAAGCCUUUCGUUUGAGUGGACGUCGUUGUCGCCGGGACUGUCGCACUUCACACGCCUCAUCGGAGGCGUUAUGGGCUCUUGAUAAAAGUAUAUACAUCCCCCUUGUCCUCCUUUGGAGCAAGCAGUUUGACCUUAAAGAAGAGCCUCGAGAGUGAGACGGUGUCAUCAUCGUCAACAUCAUCAUCAUCAUGGAUGGGAAAGUGCAAACUGAGAAAGUGAAGAAUCCCAGAGCUGCCGCAAAUAUUCUCAGCGCGUUGACGUUCAGUUGGGUCCUACGCACGUUCUGGGUGGGUUAUCGCAGAGAUCUUGAAGUAACUGAUCUGUACACACCCCUUAAAGAGCAUACAAGUGGUAUUCUUGGUGUUAAAAUAGCGAAGGCCUGGGAGAAAGAAUGCGAGGCGUACAAACAUCGGCUGAAGAGGAAUGCGACCACUGGAUCCCUAAAGAAGGUGAGCGAGCCCAGUUUGCUGAGAGUCAUCAUCAAGUGCUUUGGCUUCAAGGUCCUGCUAUAUGGAAUACUUCUGGCCGUCAUGGAAAUUUUGCUCAGGUUGUUGCAACCGAUCUUUCUGGGCCAGUUGCUACGGUACUACAAUACCCAGGAGGUUGACGAGUUCCACGCUUAUUUGUACGCGGCCGGCAUCAUCUUAUGUUCCGCCGUCAAUGUGUUCAUCAUACAUCCAUAUAUGAUGGGAAUCCUGCAUAUGGGCAUGAAGAUACGUAUAGCUUGCUGCUCGCUCAUCUAUCGAAAGACAUUGAAGCUGACUAGAACCGCGCUGGGCGAGACGACAAUUGGGCAGGCAGUCAAUCUACUAUCCAACGACGUCAAUAGGUUCGACAUUAGCAUCAUAUUCCUCCAUUACUUGUGGAUCGGACCCUUAGAGACUAUCAUUAUUACAUUCUUCAUGUACUACUUCCUGGACAUCGGAAUAUCCGCUCUCAUCGGAGUCGCCUCUCUGCUCAUGUUUAUUCCUUUGCAAGCAUGGCUGGGCAAAAAAUCAUCUGAGCUGAGGUUAAGAACCGCAAUCAGAACUGACGAGAGGGUGCGAUUGACAAACGAGAUUAUUAGCGGAAUUCAAGCUAUUAAGAUGUACACAUGGGAAAAGCCAUUUAGCGCACUCAUAGAAAAAGCGAGAAAGAAGGAAGUCAACGUCAUCCGAGGGACAUCAUAUAUCAGAGGUGUCACCAUGUCAUUCAUCAUUUUCUCCACGAGGAUGUCGCUGUUUAUCACGGUGCUGUCUUACGUGUUGUUCGGCUUCAAGAUUACGGCCGAGAAGGUGUUUAUGAUAACCGCUUAUUACAACAUUCUGCGUACGACUAUGACCGUUUUCUUCCCGCAAGGAAUAACACAAGUGGCGGAAGCGAUGGUAUCCAUAAGACGUUUGCAAAAGUUCAUGAUGUAUGAUGAAGUGACUUCUGAAACCAAGACAGUGAAGGAAAACGCGAAGGAGAAAUAUAAAGAGAAUGCAAAUGAGAACUACAAGGAGAAUGUGAAUGAAAACUACAAGGAGAAUGUGAAUAAGAAUUACAAGGAGAACGAGAAUGAAAACUACAAGAAAAACACAAAUGGAAAUUAUAAGGAAAAUAUGAAGGAUCUGGCAAACCAGAAGAAGAGCGAUCGAAUGCCUGGGGAUCAGCCGGAUUACAUCGAGCAUUGUAUUUCCAUCGAGAAUGGUAGCGCCAAAUGGUUGGACUACGAGACAGAGGAUACCUUGCAAAAUAUCAACAUUAAGGUAUGCCCGGGUGAACUGAUCGCCAUCGUCGGCCAGGUUGGUGCAGGCAAGAGUAGCCUAAUAAAUGUUAUUCUGAAGGAGCUACAUUUGCAGCAAGGUUCUAUUCAGGUUAAUGGCAAAAUUGCUUAUGCCAGUCAAGAGCCAUGGCUGUUUGCCGGAUCGGUAAGACAAAAUAUUUUGUUCGGCCGAAAGAUGGAUCAGAUCCGAUAUGAUCGCGUGACUAAAGUGUGCCAAUUAAAGAGGGACUUCAACUUACUACCUUAUGGCGAUAAGACGAUAGUGGGUGAGAGGGGUAUUAGUCUUUCCGGUGGCCAGCGUGCAAGAAUAAAUUUGGCGAGAGCCAUUUACGCCGAAGCUGACAUAUAUCUUAUGGAUGAUCCUUUGAGUGCUGUGGACGCUCAUGUGGGCAAACACAUGUUCGAAGAGUGCAUCGACAAAUAUCUGCGCGGAAAGACCCGGAUUCUUGUGACUCAUCAAUUGCAAUACUUGCGUAACGUUGGCAGAAUUAUCGUUUUGAAGGACGGAGCCAUCCAAGCAGAAGGUACUUAUGACGAGUUGGGCUCUAUGGGAGUGGAUUUCGGUCGAUUAUUGGAGAAUCAAACGCAAACGGAUGAGAAAUCUUCUCGACCCCCCUCGGCGCCCCCUAGCCGAAGCAAUUCGCGUACCGGCAGUAUUACAUCUCUGAGCUCAUUUAUGACAAUUGAUACUACCAAACAGGAACCUGACGAGGUGGCUGAGAUGCGGUCAACUGGCAAUGUUGCGGGCAAAGUAUAUAGAGAUUACUUUCGCGCCGGCGGCAAUUGGUGCGUAAUAUUCAUGGUCACUAUGCUUUGCGUAUUGUCGCAGUUAGCGGCCAGCGGCGGUGAUUUCUUUAUCGCGCAGUGGGUUGAUAUCGAAGAAAACUACAUGAAUCAAACUGAAGAGGGUGUCGUGGAAGAUCCGAACAGUCCUCUCACGCGCAUAGAAUGCAUCUAUAUCUUCACCAUAGUGACCGUGCUAACGAUCGGCGUGACCCUGAUCCGUUCGUUUGCCUUCUUCAGGACGUGCAUGCGUGCUUCCAUACGGCUACAUGAUCACAUGUUCCGCAGCAUCAGCCGCGCCACAAUGCGCUUCUUCAAUACUAACACAUCAGGCCGCGUGCUCAAUCGUUUUUCUAAAGACAUGGGUGCAGUGGAUGAGAUACUGCCUACCGCGCUCAUCGACUGUCUACAAAUUGGCCUGUCCCUGCUCGGUAUCAUCAUCGUGGUUGCCAUCGCGAAUGUGUGGUUGCUGAUUCCCACUCUGAUCGUCGGCAUUAUCUUCUAUUACUUGAGAAUCUUUUACCUGGCUACUAGCCGCAGUGUCAAACGUCUUGAAGGCAUCACUCGCUCGCCAGUCUUCGCCCAUUUAAGCGCGACUCUUCAAGGACUACCGACGAUCCGCGCGUUCGGAGCGCACGAGAUCCUCACGAAAGAGUUUGACCGUCACCAGGAUCUCCAUUCGUCUGCGUGGUAUAUCUUUAUUGCGUCCUCACGUGCCUUCGGUUUCUGGUUGGACAUUUUUUGUGUGCUGUAUAUCUUGUUGGUGACAUUAAGCUUCCUAGUGAUGGAUAAUUAUGCUCGUGGCUCGAUGGACGGUGGACGCGUAGGCCUAGCGAUCACCCAGAGCAUCGGCCUCACUGGCAUGUUCCAGUGGGGCAUGCGCCAGAGCGCCGAGCUGGAAAACCAAAUGACUUCUGUAGAACGCAUCCUCGAAUACAGCAAAGUGGAGAGCGAGCCUCCUCUUGAGAGCACCCCUGAUAAAAAGCCCAAGUCUGAGUGGCCAGAAGAAGGCAAGAUCGAGUUCAAAAAUGUGAAUUUACGUUAUGCGCCGUUGGAACCGCCGGUAUUGAAAAAUCUCAAUUUUGUCAUCUAUCCGCGCGAGAAGAUUGGUAUUAUUGGCAGGACCGGUGCGGGCAAGUCAUCUCUGAUUCAAGCUCUUUUCCGUCUGGCCGACGUAGAAGGCCUGAUCGAGAUCGACGGCAUUGACACUAGUGAGAUCGGUCUGCAUGAUCUGCGCUCCAAGAUUAGCAUCAUCCCACAGGAACCGUUCCUGUUCUCCGGUAGUCUGAGACGGAAUCUCGAUCCAUUCGAUUCGUACUCGGAUGAUCUGCUAUGGCGAGCACUUGAGGAAGUCGAGUUAAAGGAGAUGGGUUUGCAGGCACAUGUCAACGAGGGUGGUUCCAAUCUUAGCGUUGGCCAAAGACAGCUGGUUUGCCUGGCGCGUGCUAUCGUCAGAAACAAUCCGAUACUCGUGCUGGACGAGGCGACCGCCAACGUGGAUCCGCGAACAGACGAACUCAUCCAGACGACGAUCAGAAAGAAGUUCGAGAAGUGUACAGUGUUGACGAUCGCUCACCGGUUGAAUACCGUCAUGGACAGCGACCGUAUCCUGGUUAUGGAUGCCGGCAGCGCGGUGGAAUUCGAUCAUCCCCACGUGCUGCUGCAGAAGGAAUCAAGUUUUCUGAAGAGCAUGGUGCAGGAAACCGGCAAAGCGAUGGCAGAGGCUUUGGCUGGAGUCGCUCGCGAUAGCUACCUGAAUCGCACGACUACUACGUUGUGAAACAUGUCAACACUAAUUUUUCGACAGAUGAUUUCUAAGAAAGAGUCUAUUCUCUUGUAAGAAUUAUCUGUGGACAACUCUAGAGAUUUGAACGAUUACGUUAAGAGAAAGAGAAAAUAGCUAAAUUCGGUUCAAGAAUCCUGGAUUCUUGGAAUUUAGAAAUGUAUCGAAUCUUGGUACAUCAAAAGUUAACAAAAGUGUCAAAGCCAGGAUUUUGGUCUCCGCAUGUAUAGAACGUAGAAUAUAAAAGGUACUUGAAAAUUUCAAGAAUUGAAAAUGGGAAAAACGAAGGAUAAAUAUACCAAACGAUUUAGGUCAAUAUUUAGAAAUGAAAAACUAAGAUAUGUUAGAAUUUAGACAAAGAUUUAAGGCGUCUAAUAGAUUUGGAUGAAAUGUAGGAUGUAAGAGAAAAAUGAGAGAGAGAGAGAGAGAGAGAGAGAGAAAGAAGAGUCAAUAGAUAUAAAGAAAGGUGAAAGAUUAUAUAACAUAAUCUAGGAUUCUAGAUUUAUGGAUUCAAGAGAGGUAUUAUAGGAAAAAUGUAAGGAAGAAUUCAGGUAUAUAAAGAUCUUUGCAAACUCGGGAACGCGCGAAAGAGGACACAGAGAACCAGCGAAACUUUUUCAGCAAGGGAUUAAUAAACCAACCGUUUUUUACUGCAAGGUACACAGACUCGUCCAGCUUGUAUCCAUUUUCCAAAAAUUCUCUCUGCCUUUUUCGAGCCAAUGCAAUGCCAAUGCAGCGAGCAAUCAGAAAAACGCUCGCAUUGAUCGCGGAUCAACCGCAGUUAGUAUUAUUACGUCACUUUUGUAUCUAACCCAGGGUGUCCCGACAGGAAGGAUGAAGUUCUCAGCACGUUGGAUCAUCGAUCUUUUAUCAACUGUCGGUGAUAAAACGCUUUUAGAAGAAGAAAUAUAUCAUUUAUUUAUAUAAUUUUAAUAUAAGAUUUAUCUCAGCAAAAUAUAUGAAUAAAAUAUUAGAGCGAUUUAGAAAGAUAAUAAUUUGAAGUAUGUAUGAAAAGAGUUAGGAAUAUAAAUUCGAGAGAUUCGGAGAAGUUGUAGACCAUAAGAUUGAACCAUCUUAGAUUAAUCAACGGAUUUGAGAACCAGGAAUUUUGAGAUAUAUAUUAUGUGUGUGUUUCUUCAUGUUUAGAAUCUUACGUGAAUAAUGAUUUAAAUAAUUUAGAUUAAGGAUUCAAUUAAUCUUUCAUAUAUUCAUAAGGAUACAGUUGCUCUAGGAAGAAUUAUUCUUAAACAAUUUCAUCUCUUGGCAUAUUUUCAAAAAUUCCUCAAGAUCGAUGAACCAACGAAUUAAGACAAAACUGUACUUAACAUUAAGGAAAAAAAAGAUUUUACUAAUUUUUAUACUCAUAUACUUGUGAUAUACACGGUGUCUAGCAAGAAAGAAAAACGAAUGACAAUACGAAAUUCGUGAUUCAUCUCUCGAGCGCACCGAUAGCUCUCGUUUUCGGAACCACCCCGUGUGUAUUCGCGAUUAUGCAAGAAUUGCGCAAGAUAUACCCAAUCAGUACUGGUGCUACAAGUGUAUAAGAAAUAUUUUAAAAAAAGGAGAGCUUGCCACUGCUCUAUAUUUAAAGCGAAAUAUUUAAACGAGCAGUUAUUAAAAGCAACUACGUUUUUUUACUACUCUUGUUGUUUUAUAUAUUAUUGUUAUUAUUAAAAUAAUAAAGCAUUGUUCUCGAUCUUUAUGUAAAUAAUGCAAAGUGAAAAAGCAACGAGAAUCAAAGUACUUAAUGCCUUUUUCGACGAUCGAUUUUAUACUGGUCAAUUUUUCGCCGUAAUUAGAAAACGAGACUAACAUACGUAUCGACUACAUUACGAAAAUAAUUUUUAAACCCCUUUUUUUUAUUCUUCUCCUUAUUGGCAUUUUUGAGCGCCAUAACUUUUUGCUACUUUAAACAUAGUUUAACUUUUUUAGAUAUAGUAUAGUCAUUAUAUUUUAAUACAUCGAAAAUUAUAUAUACAAUAUUCAUUAUACAAUUAUUACAUUCAAAUAAUUAUGUGAAAAUUGCGUUUUAAUUAUUAUUGAAUUAUUAUCAUAAUUAUUUGAAGCUAUUAUUACUUAGAGAUACUGAUAGCAGGCCGAAGAAUUAAAAAGGAGUUACGAAUACAAGCUUUUCACGAGGAUAUAUUCUGUACACUAUACAUGAACGUCCGUAUUGUAAUCGUCAUCAAUAUUUAUUAUAUAUGUAGAUAAAUGUAUUGUACUCUUUUUUAAGGUGAAAACGCGAAUUACAAUAUCUUACUUAAAAGUGCCUAUAUUGUAAUCAUUAUAAAUGAAAUAUAGAUACAAAUUAUUAUUUAUGUAAAUAAUCUAUGUUACCAUCUUGUUGGGCACGCCCGUAUCCGGGCAUUGUGGCAGUAUCUACGUCCCGUAUCCGGGCAGUUCCUCACGAUAUAAUCUACAUUAUUGCAAAUAUUAAUUAUAUUCCCUUUGUGAGAGUGAUAAUUAAAGUCGACAUUUAGUUAAAAAUUUACCGUCGAUACAAAACAUAAUGUUUAUGUUAUCUUCCUUUAUAAGGAGAUGCAUGAACUCAUGUUAUGCUGAUUUGAAUAGAUCUUAUAAUAAAUCUUUAAUUUAUAUUAUGAGAAAAAUGAGUUUAUUAAAUAUAAAUAUAAAGUAUAUAUAGAAAUAAUAAAUGAGAAUCAUACCUCAAAGAUCAAUUAAAAAAAAAAAGAUUCAAGAUAGCAAUAUUCUUGAUUAGGUUGGUAAGUACAUGCAACUCUGAAGACGUUUGAGAUGUUUUAUUAUUUAUCAAAAUACAUGAAUCCAUUUAUUUAAAAAGAUGGUCGAAUCACUGAACGAGAACAAAACGAAAGGAUCAAUAAAUAAGAUUAUAAGAGAAUUCAUUACUUAUCGAGAAAUACUAAUUAUUUUCGAUAAUUAAAAUUAAUCAACGAAAUUGCGACAAGACACGCAUCGCUUAAAUCUAAGUGGAAAAUAAAAUAAGUAUAAUAAAAUGUAAAUUACAAUUAUAUACUUUCUAAAAAAAAUUGCGCUUACAGGAUCUGAUCAUCCCUCUAGAUAGGAUCUAGAUAUACACGGCAUAUACAAAGAAUUAUUCUUAUGUCACAAAACAUAUGCUCCGCUAUAAACAGUUAGAACAUCUUACACAUGUAAACGGCUUUUAUUACUCGCGCCGUCAAACAAUCGACCAGUCAUAAUCAGACGCACGCUAGAUAAACAUUUAUCUAGAAUUAUACAUGUACGAUCCCAACUUGUUCGUCUUGUAUCUUAUCGAUUAAACUAUCUAUAGUUAAAAAAAAAAAAGAGAGAGAGAA